GGGCUGCGCCCAUCUUCUGCCGACCAGUUUAGAAAGCAUACUCCAGUGUCAAGGCAUGAAAUACGUCCUGACGCAGCAUUAAACAGAGCUCCACAAAAGGAACAAAGGAAUGAUGAGGAACAUCUGAAACAGCUGGAGCUCAUUCGGCAGCAAUACCACAAUGAAGUCAGGGAGAUAAAAGCCAGAGCCGGAGCGCCACAGGAGGCUCCUAAAGCAUCCGAUGGAACAUACCUUGUAAAGGCAGGUAACCAUAAAGGGCCUUCUACUGCAGACCAACCAGAUGGUAAAGAGCCCACAGAGGAGAUUCAAGAACAGUAUAAUCAAAUUGUCCAGCAAAACCGAGAAGAGCGAAAAGCACUGCAAAAGAAAUACAAAAUAAAGGGUGGUAUAAAGUUUGAAAUAAAUGACCUGAUUAUAGAAGAGGAAACUACUGAUGGGCCUAUUGCAGAAGAUCACAGCAGAGACGAUGAAGAGGAGACAGAUCCUCUCAAUGAUACUUUAACCUUUGCUCUUGGAAUGAAGUUGGAGGGUGAAAAGUGGCAUAAGAUGCAUGAGGACUCAGAACAAUCAGAUAGUGGAAACCUCAAUCAUAAAGCACAAAACAACAGGAAACAAUGGACAGCAAGAGAGCCUCAGACACUUAUUGGCAAUUUAAUGGCAGCUGGAGUGCCAUCGAUGUUUGAUACUGUCGCUGAAAAUGAUGAUGAUACAUCAUUGAACAGGAAGCAGUGGAAUCAGGAGGCACCAAGAACACUGAUGAGGAUUCUGGGAGAAGCAGUGAUGGAUGACUCCAUUUUACCCACAGAAGACUUUUGUGAUGGAACACUGAAGAAGUGGCCUCCCGAACAGGUAGAAAAAGAA